UUUGAUCCUGACUUCUCUGAUCAUCCCCUUCUUACAGUGCCCCCCACUUAUCUCCUGAUAAGACAUAUUGGUGUGGAGACACUCUGCACUUGCUCAGUUUGGUGUGUAUUGCUAGAGAGUGCAUGUGAUCAGCCCAGGGCCAAUCAUCACUGUCCAGAGAGAGGUCAGGGGUUCUACAUCCUCCUAGAGCAGAAAGAAAAUGCCUCCUACAAGCUUUAAUCAGUGCUCUGCUGAACACUGAUAGAAGUCACAGGACUGCUCUAACUGCUGAUGAGAAAAGGUAUUUAGCAGUUUGUAUUUACUAA